AACUUGACGUGGACGAAAGCAGCUGGCCUAUUUUAGAAAGAAGUUCAGCGGCACAAUGUGUAAAAGAUUUAAUUCUACUGUAUAAUAAGUGAUUAAUCGUGGUGAAAUUUAGGGGACUGAUGUCAAAUUAGUAAAAUAACAUGGCUUUAAAACACAAAAUGUAUGGAGUGUGGAGUUUGGUGGUGCUGGCAGCGCUCUGGAGUCCGUCAGCGGACGGUGCUGCGGUGAUAUCUAUCGAUUUGGGUUCGGAAUGGUUAAAAGUCGGGAUCGUGUCACCGGGGGUGCCGAUGGAGAUAGUGUUGAACAAGGAGUCGAAGAGGAAAACGCCGGCGGUCGUGGCGUUCAGAGACGGCGUGCGGACGUUCGGAGAGGACGCCGUGACUGUCGGCGUGAGGUUCCCGAAGAAUUCUUAUAAGUACCUUCUGGAUCUUCUUGGAAAGUCGUAUGAUCACCCGCUCGUGCAGGCUUACAAGGAGCGCUUCCCCUAUUAUGAGAUUGUGGAGUCUGCGAGAGGGACUCCCGAGUUUGUCCAUGAUGAGAACACAAGGUUCACACCCGAGGAGCUGGUUGCACAGUUCUUGGCUAAGGCUAAGGACUUUGCUGAGAUCAAUCAUGGCCAGCAAAUCAGCGAGUGUGUCAUAACGGUACCUGGCUACUUUAACCAGGCGGAGCGGCGAGCCAUGAAGGAGGCAGCCGGGCUGGCGGGGCUUACUGUCCUACAGUUGAUUAAUGACUACACAGCUAUUGGCAUCAACUAUGGCAUCUUCAGGAGGAAGGAAAUCAACGAUACCCCAUGGCAGGCGCUGUUCUUCGACAUGGGUGCGGGCUCCACCAAGGCGGCUCUAGUCGAAUACAAGAACGUGAAAGUCAAGGACCGCGGAUACGUGGAGACUGUGCCGCAACUGCAGGUGUUGGGAGUGGCGUAUGACAGAACCCUCGGCGGCUUGGAGAUCACGCUGCGGCUGCGCGAGCACCUGAUCGCGGCGUGGCGCGCGCAGGGCGGCGGCGACGUGCGCGCCUCGCCGCGCGCCAUGGAGAAGCUGCUGCGCGAGGCCGAGCGGCUCAAGAUAGUGCUGUCCGCCAACACCGAGCAUUACGCGCAGAUCGAGAGCUUGCUGGAUGACAAGGACUUUAAACAUUUGGUAUCUCGAGCUGAGCUGGAGUCGCUGUGCGCCGACCUGUGGCCGCGCGUGUCGGGCGUGCUGUCGCGCGCCGCGGCCGCGGGCGGCGCCGCCCCGGCCGCGCGCCUCGUGCUGGCCGGCGGCGCCGCGCGCGCGCCCGCCGUGCUGGCCGCGCUGCAGGGGCGGGGCUACGAGCCCAGCCGGUCCAUCAACGCCGACGAGGCCGCCGCCAUGGGGGCCGUCUACAGGGCCGCAUCUCUGGCGACGGGCUACAAAGUGGCUCCGCUGAACGUGAAGGACGCGGUGCUGCUGCCCGUGCAGGUCGUGUUCACGCGCCACGUCGACGGGGCUGACAAACUGAUCAAGAGGACCCUCUUCAGCCCAAUGAACCCCUACCCGCAGAAGAAGGUCAUCACCUUCAACAAGCACACUGACGAUUUCUCCUUCAACGUGAACUACGCCGAGCUCGACCACAUCCCGCCCUCGGAGCUCCCCAACGUCGGCGCGCUCAACCUCACGCAAGUCGUCCUCAGCGGAGUGGGGGCCGCCCUCAACAAACACACGGGCGACAACGUCGAACACAAAGGCAUCAAGGCGCACUUCAACAUGGAUGACUCCGGGAUCCUCAAUCUAGUCAACGUAGAAUUCGUUGCAGAGAAAACCGUUACAGAAGACGACAAAGACAGCACUCUGUCUAAACUAGGCAGCACCAUCAGCAAGCUUUUCGGAUCUGAUGAGGCUGAAAAGACGGAAGAGAAAGAAGAAAAGGCACCGGAAGCAGAAAAGAAUGAAACCGCCAACGCUAACGAGGCUGGAGACAAGCAAAAUGCUACAGAACCUGAAACUAAACCUAAACCGAAGAUUGUAGUCCUUAAAGAACCUAUCAAAACUGAUGAACAAGUGUUAGUCCUUCAACCACUGACUCAAGAACAGUUCAAAGCUUCGAAAGCUAAAAUAUCUGAGCUCGAUGCUAUAGACAGGAAACGAACGGAAAGGGAAUCCGCACUAAACAACUUAGAGGCGUUUGUCGUUGAUGCCCAGAUGAAAAUGGACAUGGAGGAGUUUGCAGAAUGCGGUACUCCUGAACAGAUCGAGGAAGUCAAGAAGUUAUGUUCGGAAACUGCAGAAUGGCUUUAUGAAGACGGCUAUGAAGCUCCCACAGAACUCUAUGAGGAGAAACUAGCUUUGAUCAAGGAGAAAACUAACCCCAUCUUUUAUAAACAUUGGGAGCACAGAGAAAGACCAGACGCUAUCGCCGCUCUGCGCAGCAUGCUCAACACUUCCAAUGAAUUCUUAAAAUCUGCAAAGAAUUUCACCCAAGAAGUCAAUCCAGAGAAAGACAUGUUCACUCAGGUAGAAAUCACUGUGUUAGAAAAGAAAAUACAGGAAACUCAAGCGUGGCUGGACAAGUCUGUCAAAGAACAGAAUGAACUGAAAAAGAAUGAGGAGAUUAAGCUGACUAUUGAUAGCAUAAGGGAGAAGAUGGGCGGCUUGGACAGAGAAGUUAAAUAUCUAGUGAAUAAAAUGAAGAUAUGGAGGCCUAAAAAGCCAAUUAAGAAGGAGAACAAAACUGAGGAAACAAUAGAAGCCACAGAGGAGGUAAAAGAAGAGAAAGUUGAGGAAAGUGUUGAGAAGCCAGUGGUAGAGGAAAAUCAAGAGGAGAUUAAAGAAGAGGUAGAAGCGACGGAAACGCCGCAGUUAGGUGAUGGCAAAGACGAACAUUCCGAGUUAUAAUAGUGAGGUUUGUAAUUAAGCCUAAUUUAUUUUUUACUUGUUCGCUUUUCGUAUUACACCUUGAACUAUAAUAUUUUGCGCGAUUUCAAUCCAUCACAGUUGGUUACGUAAUGUGAGAGUGAGAUGAGCUGAUAUUGAGCAAGAAAUCAACCUAUCUCUGAAAUUAAUGUAUCAUUUAGAAGGUUCAAGAACAUGCUUGUUCUUCUUUGCAGUAUCGAUCGAUUGAAAACAUUUCUGUCGUAAUUUUUUUAUUCUUAUUUCCAUGGAUUAAGAAUGAGAAUUGUAUAUGUAUAUAUGAUCUUGCUUGCUUCCUGCAACGUCUGAAUUGGGCAUUAUUAUAGUUGAAAUUUUCUGAGAUGAUUCGCCUCAAACUCUAAUAUGUUAAACAAAAGGCAUGAUUUCUUUUAUGCACCAGGGUCAGCUACCGAAUUUGCCAUUAGAGAAAAGGAUCAAGCCCGUUUAAAAGGCAAUUUUAGCGUUCUACUUAUACGACUCAAAUUCAUGUAUCAGCAUUCGGAGAUAAAAUGUUUCGGCAAUGUAGGACGAUCGACCGCCCAAAUUCACAUGCAGGUGAAAUGAUUCGGAGAUGACUAAAAGCCGUUGUAUGAAUUUGAACCAUAUAAGUAGAACACUAAAAUUUUCAUUUAAAUAGGCUUGAUUCUUCUCACUAAUAACAAUUUCGGUAGCUUUUGGUGCAUAAAAAACAAUGCUUUUCGUUGAAUAGAUUAGGGUUUGGGCCUCAAAAAUCAUUUCAGAAAAUUUCAACGAAAUUUGACAGUAUUGUGUGAUUUAACCUUUAGAAACCCAACACGAACAGAAGUUUUAUUUUAACGUGUGUGUUUCAAGAUUUAAUGCGUAAAGCGAGCUCAAUUAAUUAAAAUAAAUCUCAAAACUGUUUCUAGCCGCCUUUGUUUCUUCCAAAAUACCCUUUAUUUAUUGUUGUCUAUGGUCUUUGGUUGUUUAAAAAAACCGUUAAUUUAUUUUUUUACUGAGCGCGGCUCCUCUGUCUUGUCUAUCGUAUAUAUUUAAGCGGCGACCCCAAGCAUGACCAGAGGAUGUUAUUAUUAUAUUAUAUUUAUAAUGAAUGUAAUUUAUGUGAUAUAAAUAUUAAUGGCUAUAGAGUUAGAGUUUUCCUGCCAUAGACAUGGUUUGCAUUUAAUCAUUUGGACUAACUUUGCCCAAAUUCCAUUAUUCGUUAGUUCUUAAGUCCAUGACUUAGUUAUUUAAAUUCUUCAAAACAUUGUUUUUUUAAUACUAUUGCACAGAUAUUUUUCAGUAUACCCAGUAGUACUACAUACAUAUUUUUUUUAAACAUACAUUAAAUAUGUCUUUACGGUAGAAAAAUGAGGUUAAUAUCCGUUUUUCAGGUGUUCUUUACUAACGAAAGGUUACAACAAAUGCAAAAAAUGAUUUUUUUUUGAACUGCUGCCAAAUCACUCUUAUCUAAACGUGCAUAAACUGUAGGGGGCAGCACAGGACACGUCAGAUUUUUGGCGCGAGGUGUAAAUGUGAAGUUUAUGCUUCCAAUGUAGCCCACAAGAUGGCAGAUCCUACCAUGUCCAAUAAAACGUACGAGAACGGUAGAUGGCAGCAGUUGCUUUGGCGUGAAGUGUCAAUGUACAGUUUAUGUUUCCGAUCCACGCCACAAGAUGGCAGACCCUCCAACGCGCACGGUCCCUAUAUCACUAACAUUUCAUCACCAAAAAAAAAGUUAUAUUUAAAAACAUUUGUGCAUUGUGUAGGGGUAUAUGUUCUAUUUAUUAUAAUGAGAUGUGACAAACUUUAUACUUUUUAUGUAAUUUUGUAAAACGUUGUUCAAUAAAACUUAAGUUCUUUAAAGCUAUUCUUGUUCAUUUAUUAUAUUAAAUAAAAACUAUUUAGCUAAUAUUUUUGUUUGCUUCAACUGGUACAGUCACGUCUGAAAAUAUCGAUACGAACAAAGUCCCAAAAAAUAUAUAUACACGACCUUAGUGCCUAUAUAUUAAGGUGUAUACAUAUGUUUGUCACUUUACCGUCCGUAUAUAUAUUUUCAGAGGUGACCGUACAGUAAGUUGCCGAGAUAACUGCCCCCCCCCCCUGCAAACAAGUUUAUAUGCAGGGGGUCAGUUAUCUAUGCAGGUUACUGUACAUACUAUAUAUUUGGCUACUUUUAUUGAACAACAGUUUAGACAUGUAAGAUAUAUAGAUCGUGUCAUUCACGAAGACGCGCGUCUUGACUAGUAUUGUCAUGCUAUUAAUUAUAAAUAUUAAAGAUUGGAUUUGAUAAAUCUGUGCGUCUUCGUGGAUGACACGAACUAUACCAGUGAGACAAUUUCUAGGCGAAAUAAUAACUUUUAAUAAAUGAAAUCAAUCGUGGUAAUGAAUAGGGAGCGUGCAUGAACUAUAGGAGGCAGCACAUGAGCCGUCAGAUUUUUGGCGCGAGGCGUAAAUGUGAUGUUUAUUGUUCCGAUGUAGCCCACAAGAUGGCAGAACCUACUAUGCACAAGAAAACACUUGACGUGUAAAUGUGCCUGUUUAUGGUUCCGAUUCAGACCACAAGAUGGCAGACCCUCCAACGCGCACGGUCCCUAUUACACAAAACAAUAGAACUCUAUUAUGAACUACGUAUACUUAAUUCCGACUAUCCUUUUUGUUCUAUAUUCCACCAUUUCUUGGCACGGAGAUGUUAUUUACACCUAGAUAUCAGUUAUACAUAAGUAUUCAUUAAAAAAAUACAAUAUUGUCAGUGUCUUAAUUACUAUCUUUUGUGCAUCGGAUAAAGGUAUCGUUGGGGGCGAGAACACAGAUUACAUAAUAAGAGUACAGAUACGCUACUCUCAUUCGAAUGGAAAACUAUUAGGGAAUUUCAAUUUACCAUGAUUUCGUUUUAGCACAUUUGGCUUGAGGUGAAACCGGAAUGCUGCUGUUUUAUUUAAUUAAAAAAAAAAAUAUAUAUUCAGUAGCUAAAAAAAAAAACAAAUUACAUUAUCUGCGCUGGUGCCUCCUUUAAAGUGAGAAAAAACACUUGUACGAAUAUUUUUAUUAUUUUGAUAUUUAUAGUUAUAUGACAAAUAUCGCUUUACCUUACCGGAAAUACCAAGUUUACCAUGGUGACCGCGAUUAACCAUUUAAACGUCAACAGUAUCUGAAAUCGUCGCAAGUAGGUGGUCAUGAACCCUAACGCCAAGAGAGCUUGUGGUAUGAUGUUCGCUGUUAAAUUAAUAUUUAUAUUAAAAUGAAUUUAGACCGGAUCUAAAUAUGUUUUAAUACGUGUUGAAAACGCGAAAGUUUCAACAGAUUGGCUAGGUUGCGACAUCAUCUUAUUACCGUGUGUGUGAUCGUUUUGAAUAUGAUGUAUGGCAUUUUGUAUGUAAAAUAGUUUCCGUGUGUUCCUGAUCUUGUGCUUGUAUGGUAACUACCCCGCUAUUAAUUGUAGUUAUAACGUAAAACUAUUGUUAUCGUCAAUUAUAAUUGUUCCGCCGUUCUUCGCAAACAAAAAAUUACAUUAUAAUACUUAUCCGGAGAACCGGAUUUACCUUCAGGACAGUACAGACGUAUCUAUGAGAGAUGGUUGAGGGCGUGUAUGCUCGACUUCGGGGUCGUGAUUUGAGUGUGGCGUAUCUUCUAUGUUGGUAUUAUGUAAUCUGUGACGUAUUUAGUGAUGUAACAGUAGGGUAAAAUACCCAUUGAUAGUCAUCGAAAUUACCUGUCGUUGACACCCAGUUUUUGUAGGAAUUAUGCCAAUUAUUAGAGCACCGACAAUAGAAAUAGUCGGCGCCCUAAUAAUUGGCAUCCUAUCCUAUCCUAUGAAAUCGAUUGCUAUUAAUCUGUCGUCUACCAAUCUGUAAAAAAAUGCACCCAUCUAUCUACCGAGGCCGGAGAUUACCGGCCACUAUUUUGUGCGCCGUAUUUGUUACGUACGGAGAUUACCGGUCGUUUUACCCGCAGUCCAAAAGCUGUUUAUUUUAAAUCAAAAUAAAACUGCUUUUUUGCUGCGAAUUUACGAAUUUCCGAAAAAAAAAGUGACAAAUCUCCGGUGGACCGCGCGGGUGGGGAGUGGUAGACGGGGACAACAAACAAUUGGACGGUAAUAUCUGCAUUUGGUAAACGACAGGUUAAGGAUAUUUUCACAUGUACAAUUUAAUGCAAAUGUUGACAUUUCAAAUCUGUCUGUAGCAGAAAAACAGUGUGAACCAAAUGUAUGAGUUUGAGUGUACCUAACGUCUAAGUGAUAUUUCUUUAUGUCUGUCGCAAAGGGAAAAUACAUGAUACAAUGAAGUA